AUGAAGUGUAUUUUUGGUGUUUCUUUGAUUGUGGCGUUGGCUUUGGGAAGUGUCGAAGCAGAGAAAUAUCCACGUUCGAAAUGUGCUGGUUAGUUGAACCCUUGAUUCGAGCUAAAUAAAAUACCUAAAUUAGGCAUUGAUUUAGGCCUAAUUUGUUAUUGUUUCAAUACUUUCCCCAUAUUUCCAGAAUACAAUAUCAACGAAAUUUUAAAACUCCGUCAUCAAGUCCGCCAUCUCGAAACGUUCAACAACGAAAAAAACAACAACGAUCGACAGCUUUCCAUGACAAUCCUCAACCUCAAACGCGAAUCUCUUCUCAAGAUCGAAAAGCGAAGCUUGAUUCAAAACGUGAUCUUGAAAAAAAUCAAUAAAAUCAAGAAAGAAUUCGAAAGACUUCGCAAACAAACCAAAGAUGGGAAAAACAAUGCGGAAACUCUCAAAUCUUUGAUCAUUCUCAAAGGAAAAAAAGUCGAACAAAUUGCUGCUGAAAGAGGACAGGAUUGUAUUGCUAACUUAUUGCUGAAUCUCAAUGUUAAUGUAUCAGUUGCUCCACCAACAACAACAACAUCUACAACAACAACAACACCAGCAACAACUACAACAUCUACAACAACCACAACAACCACAACGGCGCCGCCACCAACCACUCCAACAACUGAACCUACUGAAGAGACCACACCAAUCUCUCCAUCAACCGAAUAUCCUGAAGAGACCACACCAAAUUCAGGAACUAGUUCUAGCCCAAGCCCCCAUUCGAUCACCAUAAUUCAAGGUUUAUCUAUCGAAUGUAUUGUUAAUGGAAUACCCUCGAACAUCAGCGGAACAGUCGGUAAGUUGUUGUUUUGUUGUGAAAUUGAGACGCAGAAAUAUUUGCAGAUCUUUCGACUUCAUGCCACUGCGGAAAACUCACAAUCAACUUCCGCACCAAUAUUGAUAAAUUCACAUUACAUGGUCCUGCGUCAUUUGGAUCUUUGUUGGAAAAUGGAAUUGUUUCGAGACAAGCAAGUAAUAUUAACGAGUUGAGAACUAUCACAUUGCCUUUCUUUUUCACCGACGCAGAAACAGUUCAUUUGAAAUUGAACGAUAAAGAUAUCAAGAUUUCUCACGAUGAUAUAAACAAAGAUCUUUGA